UGCUAUUCAUUCGGUAUGCGUCUUGUGAUCACGACGAAACGCGUAGCGCUUCGUACCAGACAUCGAAGAAUUGUUUUUUUAUAAUUAGUUGUUUGACAGCAUCCGUAUCUGAUAGUAUUCGGUUUAUCGUGAAACAGUGUAGAAUAAAUAAUUUUUCAUAAAAUUAUAACAUAGUUGUGAAUUAUCAUAAUAAAUAUGACCGCGACUUCCAAUAACUGUGCGCGAUCCGAUGAUGUUUAUGAAGAGUUCGAGAAAUUUAGUAGAUUUCAAUUGUUUCAAUAUAUAUUAGUAUGUAUGCCACUCGUUACGGUUUCUAUGAUGCAUGUUAAUUAUAUAUUUGUUGCUGAGGACGUUGAACACAGAUGUCUGGUGCCAGAAUGCGAAGGUACGAAUCCAAGUGUAGAGAUACCAGAUUGGUGGCCGAAAGGAGUGAAUGCCAGGUGUUUGAAACCGGUUGUAGAUAUGCAAAAAUAUGACAGUGCAAACCAAACAUGUUCCAAUAACACGUUUCUAGAGAUAUUGGAAGAAUGCCACGAGUGGGUAUAUGAAAACAACAACUCCAUCGUCGCUGAGCUCAAUUUGGGUUGCCAGUCCUGGAAAUCGACUCUCGUCGGAGGCUUACACAAUGCCGGAAUGGUUGUUUCCAUGAUAAUCACUGGGUGGAUAGCUGAUAAAAUUGGAAGAAAACCUACUAUAAUUAUUUGCUCGGUUGGUGGUAUAGUCGGCUUGGUUAAAAUUUUCAUCACUAAUUUUUAUUUAUACCUUGGAGUCGAAUUUUUAGAAUCGGUUCUUGUCUCAGGACUUUAUACGGUUGCUGUCGUCUUAUUGAUAGAACUUGGUGGAGACUCAAAACGAGUAAUGGCUGGAGUAAUUUUUUCGUAUGCAGUUUACGUUGGAGAAGUACUAUUUGCAUUCAUAGCAAUGGGUUUGAAAUAUUGGAAGCUCUUGAUCAUAGUUGUAUACGCCCCGACGGUACUUUAUGCUUUUUAUGCCCUAUUGCUAAAAGAGAGUAUAAGAUGGCAAAUGAUAAGAGGGAAGUCAACAGAAGCGAAAAGUACGUUAAAACUAGUUGCAAAAAUGAACAAAUUGAAAGUAACUGGCGAAGAAAUUGAUGAUAUAAGUGAUAAAGAUUUACGCACAAAGUUCGAUGUUGUUAUACAAAAACAGAAGGAAACCAUAAAAGACAUCUUGGCUUCUAAAGAGAUAAUGCUACGUUUAUCGGUUACGUCUUUCUGCUUUUUCACAUCGAGUUUCAUGUAUUACGGUCUAAUAGUUCAUUCAGUAUUGCUACCUGGUAAUAAAUAUACAAAUUUUGUCCUAUCAUCACUGACAGCUUUCCCUGGAGAUUAUUUAGCGUUUUUAUGUUUUAAAAAGUUUGGGCGAAAUAUAUCGUUGAGAUGUGCCUAUAUUUGCUCCGCGGGUUUUCUUAUUGCUCAAACUUAUACCCCUGAAUCUUUAACCUGGGUGAAAGUAUCGUUAUUUUUAUUCGGAAAGUUGGGAGUCGCAUUCUGCUUCACAGGAGUUUAUACGUACAGUUUGGAAUUAUUCCCGACUAGCGUUCGAGGGACUCUCGUUGGAUGUGGCAAUACAGCAGCUAGGGUUGGCAGUAUGUUGGCGCCACUUACCCCUCUAUUGGCGAGUGAGCUGGAUGCUCUACCGUCGAUCCUGUUCUCUUCAACCGCAGUUAUAGCAGCUCUUCUACUCACAUUUACACCUGAAACAAAAAAUUUACCGUUAUUCGAUACAAUAACUCAAAUAGAACACCACAAGUCUAAAGUUAUGACACAUUUAUAAAUUAGAUCUCUUAAGGCCUUACUUAUAAAUGUUGCUCAGCGGCUGUUUAUAUAAAUCCUCAUUUCGCUAUUUCUUACAUUAUUAAUUUAACAAUCGAAAGAAGAAGACACAGCAUUAACUAAUCCCCCUAAACAACAUUUACAUGUAAGGUAAUAUUAUAAGUUUAUCCUAUAAGUUUUAUUAUAAUAUUAAAGUUAUAUAAAUAAGAAUAUUCUAUUACACUUGUUUUUAUGACAAUGUCUUCUGACGAAGUGCAAUUAUAUCGAUGAAGAUCAUUAGAUUAGCUUAUUUUAUUAUUUAUAGAAAAUAAUAAUUUAAGAAUAAAAGUUAUAUAAUAAUAAUACAACAAGUAUUAUUAAAAAAUAAGCAUAUAAAUCGGCGUUUGUAAUAGUUUUGUCUUAUAAGCCGUCGUUUUGAUCAAGAAGAACUAUGAUUUCAUUGAAGGAUUUCAUUGAAGCUGCAAUUUAUUUCAAAGUUUGUGAAAAUGUUAAAGCGAA